AUGAAAUCAAACCAGGACGGUACUAAAAACGGGCCUGUCCGUGGAUCAAGUCCAGAAUGUAGAGUAACUGCUGAGAAUUCCGCGAUGGCUAUUGUUGGAACGCGUAAAUGGCGGUACCACCAGGGACGAAAUAAGUUCUGGUGCGAUGGUCGUAUUAUUAUGGCACGACAGAGUUCAAUUUUCCUAUUUACCGUAGUGGUUAUCGUAGGAACAAUGAGUUUAUUUUUUAUCUUUGAUGCUCCAUAUUUGUUUUGGAAUGUUUCACCUGCGCUUCCAGUUAUUGCGGGAUUAUUUUUGUGCCUUGUAUUAAUUAAUUUAUUCAAAACAUCGUUUUCUGAUCCAGGUAUAUUACCGAAAGCUACAAGUUUAGAGACUCUCGAGUUACAUCAACAAAAUAUUGCAGAGAUCAAUUGUUCACCUGGAACAGUAAGAACCCCACCACGUACCAAGGCUGUUCGUAUCAAUGGCCAAAUUAUCAUAUUGAAAUAUUGCUUCACUUGUCGGUUGUUUCGUCCACCACGUUCUUCUCAUUGUUCUAUAUGCGACAACUGCAUCUUAAACUUUGAUCAUCACUUAGAUCCGUCAUACUUAAGAUUAGAAAUUUUUUGGAAUCUUUUAUACAAAAAAACAAUUCCAGGUCCAUGGGUGGUGUCACAAAAGGAGAAAACAUUUUUGGGUGCAGUUAGACAAAGUCCAGUGUCGCUUAUUAUUGCUUUAGUAUGUUUUUUUUCGAUUUGGUCUGUAUUUGGUCUUUCUGGCUUCCACACAUAUUUGCUAUCAACUGAUCAAACAACAAAUGAAGAUAUCAAGGGAACUUUCAGUUCCAAACGGUUACCUAAUAUACAAAAUCCAUAUUCUUCCGGUUCCCUAUUCUGCAAUUGUUUUCGAACGCUUUGUGCUCCAGAGCCACCGAGCUUAAUUGAUAGAAGAGGUGUCGUUGAACCUGAGCCAGUUGUAAUAGUAAAAAGUCAUAAAGGAAUCGAUGGUUUGGAGCAACGCUCAUAUGAAAUUAUUGCUGGCACAGUUAUGAAACCAGUUUUGCAAACUACUCGAUUAUGGAAUUUGCAACGGCUAACGAAUACUAAUUCAGUAUCUUCGAGCAUUCAUCACUCUGCUCGAACUUCGUUUACUGCUCAUACAACCGUGCAGGCAGUCCGAUAUUUUUCUCAACAAGGUCAACAACAGCCAAGGCCUAGAAACUUUUUGAAGAAUUUAGUAGACAACAUAAAGGACGAAUUCGAAAAAAAUAAGGAAUUGCAGGAAAAUAGACGACAGCUGAAUGAAAGAUUAAAGAAUCUUAAUGAUAGUGAAGCCUUAAAAGAAGCAAGGAAAAAAUUUGAACUGAUUGAACAAGAAACUGUAAAGAGUUCACAGAUUAUUCAGAGCAAAAUAAAUGAAGUCCGUACCCAUAUUUCACGGGUCAUAGGACAAGUACAAAAGACAGAAGCUGGGAGGAAACUUUCUUUAGCUGCAGAGGAAAUUUUAAAACAAGCUAAAGUUGCUACAGAUGUGAUUGAAAAAGCAGCUGAACAAGUUGGAGAUAAUCAACUCUAUCAAACUGUCAGUUCGUCAGUUAAAAUCAUCAGGAAUGAAGUAGAUAAUAUUGUUGAUGUGCGAAUGUAUAUCCGACCAGAUCAGUUGAAAAUGCGCUCAGCAGCUUAUUCCGAUUACCCAGAUCGGAUUAUAGAAGCUAAUUCGAAUGUUACGGAUAUAGAGCUUCACAAAGAAUCAAAGUGGUAUGCAGGAUGGAAGAACUUCUCUGAAAAUAGUGCUUAUUAUAACAAAAUUUUGGAUUGGAAGAUGCGUUUAGAUGAAAGUAAUAAUUUAGCUGUAAGAAUGGUUCGAAGUUUUACGGACAAAAUUUCUUCUCUUAUUGGAGGGCACAGUGAGGUAUCGGAAGUACUGUCUGAAAUUCAGAAAGUCGAUCCGAAUUUUGAUAAAAUUGAAUGGCUCCGUUUUUGUGAAAAAGAAGUUAUUCCAAAUGUUUUGGAAGCAUUCAUUCGUGGAGAGUUGAAAAUUCUCAAAGAUUGGUGUCAUGAAAGGGCAUAUAAUAUUUUGUCAUCAAUUAUCGAUGAAUACAAAAAAGUCAACUUUAGUACAGAAGGCUGUCGUGUUAUUGAUAUCGAUAGAGUUGAGAUGGUCACUGGUAAAAUGAUGGAACAAGGCCCAGUAAUAAUAAUCACAUUUCAAGCGUAUAUGGUGAAUGUUGUUAGGAACAUGGAGGGAAAAGUUGUUGAAGGUGAUCCAAAUAGUCCAGUGCGUAUCCAUCAUGUCUGGGUAAUGUGUCGUGAUAUGGAAGAGUUUAACCCUUCAGUAGCGUGGAAGGUGCUAGAGGUACAUAUGCAAAAAGGUAACUUGGCGUUGUAA